AUGGUCGGGCGGACACACCGUGCUUCCCAGCCUUCGACAAGAUCGGAAUCCAGCCGGAGAUGCUUAGGGCCUUCGACGUGCGAUAGAAAUGGUCGGUCGGAACUUCUUCCGUGCAGUGGUGCUGCCCGGCCGGAGAGAGCGGGCUUUUCAAAUUCGAAUCCUUCCCGGCCCUCGGAUACCUCACCCCUACCCACCCUCUGUGAUGGUUGUGAUAGGUCUGUCAAGGCCUUGACAGCUUGUCCUCCUACUGCCUUGCCCUUGACUGCUGGUUCCUCUUCCGUGCCGGUUGAUCCUACUUCUCUCGGUAGACCCGCUUCUUUCGACCCGGAUUCGCUCGCCGUUCCAGUUGCAGGGUGCCCUGAGAUAGCGGCCCCCGUGAAUGUGAUGCUUGGCCCAUUGCCGGUGGGCCCACCCAUUUCUAUUUUUCUGAGAUCCUCCCCUUCGGUUGUAAAGGGCCCGGAUACGCCCGCUUCAAUGGGAGUUGCCCUAGAGCUAUCUGGCCCUCUGCAGCCUCUGCCCGCGGGCCCGGAUUUGCCCGCGCCUACGGGAGUCGCCCUUUCGGACGUGGCCUGCCCCGUUCUGGUGGGGCCCGCGAUUGGAUCCCCUGAGCUAACUGGCUCACUGCCGCCACUGCCCACCCUCGCACCUGGCGUCGGGGGCCCGGUUUCGAUGAUUGGAUCCCCUGAGCAGCCCGGCCCUUCCUCUGUAAGGGGCCCCCCACCGCCUGUCCCAUUUCCAAUCUCUCCUCUCUCAUUUCAACCCCCUAGAUCCAUCAGACGCAGCUCCCGCCUUGCCUCUAAGAACAGAGGUAUUUGCAAGAGUUCGAUUCAAAGAGCUCAGGACCUUCUGUCAUCGAAGCUCAAAUCUGCAACAUCCUCUUUUAGAAUGGCUGAGCCCUCCACCCCUCCCCCUGAGGCUCCUCCUGCCGAGCUCUUGGAUCAGGCUGAGACUGCGGCGCCCCCUGCGCUUUUGAAUGCGGCUGCUCUCUAUUCCACUCCCCAGAAUCAACCUUCCAGGCCUGAGAAGAUCCCCCCCCUCUCUAGAGACCACUCGCUGCCUCUCUCUGUUCAUGAAGUCAACGAUAUCUUAGCUUCAUGUGGUAUCUUAUUUAAGGAUUCGGGGCCGUCGAAGGAGAUCGCUGCCUUGCAGCUGAGAGGGGUGGGGAUUUCAAAUCCUGCCCCCAACAGGUUUUGA